CCAAGCCGCAAAAGCCAUCCCGCUCUGCACCAAUGGAUGCGCCGCCGCCGCCGUCGCCGGCGGCGCACAACCUCAAGAAGCGCAAGUUGGGCCGACAUGAUGAGCAAGAACCACCACCGGAGAGCGGCAGGGCCAGCGACGGGGUCGGCCUCGACUUCUUCAACGCCCUCCCCGACGACCUCCUGUGCACCAUCAUCUCUCUCCUCCCCACCAAAGACGGCGCCCGCACGCAGGCCCUCGCCCGCCGGUGGCGGCCCCUCUGGCGCUCCGCGCCCCUCAACCUCGUCGGCCAUGGCCUCUCCGGCCAGGUGGGUAAGCGCGUCGUCUACAUCUCGAAGAUCCUCGCCGAGCACCCUGGCCCGGCCCUCCGCCUCUCGCUCCCCUGCCUCCAUGAACGCUACCACGACAAGAUCGAAGGCUGGCUUCGUUCCCAGGCCCUCACCGACCUCCAAGAGCUCAGCUUCGGCUACGAACCCCCAGGCUUCCCACCGUACCGGCUGCCGCCGCCCCCGAUACCACAGUCCGCGCUCCGCUUCGCGCCGACACUCCGCGUCGCCAGAAUCUGCUACUGCUAUUUCCCCAAGCUGCCUGCCGAGUCUCUGAAUUUUCCGCAUCUCAAGCAGCUCACCAUGUACAUGCUCACCAUCUCGGACUUGUCUGCGUCGUCUCUGAAUUUUCCGCACCUCAGGCAGCUCACCACACAUGCAGUCACCAUCUCGGGGGACGCUCUGCACAGCUUGCUCUCUGGCUGCCUUUCGCUGGAAAGCCUUAUACUGAAAGAUAAUGUUGGCGUUGGCCGCCUCCGCAUCAGCUCCUCGACUAUUAGGAGCAUAGGCUUUUCUGCUCCUCAUACGUCUGUGGCUUCCCCUGUCCAAGAGCUGCUCAUCGUGGACGCCCCUUGCCUUGGGAGGUUUCUACCACUCAGUGGAGGCUAUGGUCCCUCCACAGUCCAGAUCAUCGGAGCACCCAAGCUGCAGAUGACGGUUUUGCUGUCAAAUGGCACAUCCAAACUCCAUAUUGGAAAUGGAACCAUGGGUUUUCAGGAAAUGCCUGCCAUCAGUGUGACAACCAUCAUGCACACUGUCAAGUUUUUGGUUAUUGACACCGUUGGCCCUGAUCUUGAUGCAGUAAUUGGCUUCCUCAAGUGCUUCCCCUGCUUAGAGAGGCUGUAUAUCAUUUCACACCUACGGAAAGGAAUGAAAAAUGUGCGAAAAUAUGACCUGCUGGAUCCAAUUGAAUGCCUCACGCUCCAUCUCAAAAGCGUGGUCUUGCAGAACUACUGGGGCAACAAGCCAGAUGUGGACUUUGCCAAAUUUUUCAUCUUGAAUGCAAUGGUGCUAGAGCAAAUGAUAUUUAUAACCCUCAACAGCUGCAAUGAAAAAUGGAUGUCUGAUCAACAUAGGCGGCUGCAAGUGGACCACAGAGCUUCUCUACAUGCUCGAUUUGAAGUCAAAAGCUAUUUGAGUCGGCACUGGAUUGACUUCGCAGAUAGCAAGCAUACCCAUGAUUUAUCUGUGGCGAAUCCCUUUGCUGAUAGGUUCGAGAACCGCAUACUGGCCUUUGGCCUGACUUCUUUUGUAGUUUGAAGUUAUCCCACUCUUCUGAUUCUCUGUUCUGCUGUGCUUGAACGUUAUUUACAAUCUUUUCUGUUGAUGUCAUAUUGUAAGAUGUGUUAGCUGUUUACACCAUCAGCUAGCAGAUACUAUGCUUCUGUACUGCAUGUAAUGAAGGC